CAUGAAUGAGGCCAAUAAAAAAUGCCCUACGCUUCCCAGUCGUUUACACGUUUUCGUAUACCAAUCAUAAUAAAAAAAACAUACAUUAAUUGAAUCUUCGAUUGCAUUAUUAUCAUACAUUUCUUAAUUCUAAAGAUUUAAAAAAACUAAGGAUAAAAGAAGCGUUUGUUUCGCUAUUCUCUCUACACUUCUUUUUCUGUUCCUCAUCCUCUCUCUCGACCAUUUCCUUUUUGCUGUCUCUACGAUAAUGGCUUCCUCUGGAGUGAAAUUUGUGCCAGAAGAAGAUAACUUCUUACAGAGACAUGUAGCCUUCUUCGAUAGGAACAAAGAUGGCAUCGUUUAUCCCUCAGAGACAUAUCAAGGGUUUAGAGCAAUCGGAUGUGGAUAUCUCUUGUCGGCAUUCGCUUCUCUGUUCAUCAAUAUCGGUCUAAGCAGCAAAACUCGUCCGGGAAAAGGUUUCUCGUUAUCAUUUCCGAUAGAGGUUAAGAAUAUCCAUCUUGCUAAACACGGCAGCGAUUCAGGCGUUUACGACAAGAAUGGGAGAUUUGUGGAAUCGAAAUUCGAGGAGAUAUUUGCAAAGCAUUCAAAGACACAUCCCGAUGCAUUGACGAACAAGGAACUUAAACAACUGCUCAACUCAAACAAAGAGGCUAAUGAUCGUAAAGGAGCGAUUGCUGCAUUUACGGAGUGGAAGAUCUUGUAUUAUCUAUGCAAAGACAAGAACGGUUUGUUGCACAAAGACACUGUUAGAGCUGUCUACGAUGGCUCCCUUUUCGAGAAACUCGAGAAACAAAAAGCUUCUAAGAAACAUGCUUAAACGCACCCUUUUAAAAACUGUUUGUUUAUAAAUCUUUUUAUUGGUGAACAACGGCGUGGAGAUUGUAAUGUUUGAUUUUCAAAAAUUUGUUGUUCCCUU